UAUUGUCUCUAAAUCAUAUCUCCAUAAAGGCCCUCGGGUUUGUCCAGUCAAUGGAUUCUGUCAGAAAACCAAGUUAAAGCAGGGGGGAGCUGGAUCACAGACCCGCAGCUCUGUCUCCGAUCUUCACCACUUGUCGAGUUGAGAUGCGCUGGAUGCUGUUUCCACGGUGGAUCUGGUUUCUGGCGUGCGCGUCCGCGCGAAUGGAGCUCGGCGGCGCAGCUCUGCCCAGUGUCACCUACUCGCACGCGGGCGUCUGCCCCAAUGAGAUGAACCCCAACCUGUGGGUAGAUGCCAUGAGCACCUGCGCGCGGGAAUGUGAAUCUGAUGAGGAGUGUGAGUCCUUCGAAAAGUGUUGCCAAAAUGUCUGUGGGAAGCACAGUUGUGUUGCUGCCCGCUACGUGGAUGGGAAGAAAGGCCCUGUGGGAAUGCCCAGGGAAGCAUUGUGUGCCAACUUCAUGUGCACCCAGCAGGGCUCCGAGUGUGUCAUCUGGGACGGCCAGCCCUUGUGUAAGUGCCGGGACCGCUGCGAGAAGGAGCCGAACUUCACCUGCGCCUCAGAUGGCAUGACUUACUACAACAAGUGUUUCAUGGAUGCAGAGGCGUGUUCUAAGGGCAUCACCCUCUCGGUUGUCACGUGUCGAUUCCACCUCACCUGGCCCAACACGAGCCCUUCGCUUCCCCAGGUGACCACACUUCGUCCCACGACCGCCCCCUUUCAGCCCACCGUCCCUCUACAGAUGGAACCUGAACAACCCGCGUUGGUCACCAGCCCCAUUCAUCAGACCAUAAACGUGGGCGAAACAGCCAGCUUCCUGUGCGAUGUCACCGGUCAACCCCAGCCUCAAAUCACGUGGGAGAAGUGGCUGCCCUUGGGAGUUUUGAGGGUGAUCAUGAGGCCCAAUAAUGUGUUGGGGAACAUGGUGGUCACAAACAUCGGCCAGCUGGUCAUCUAUAAUGCCCAGCUGCAAGAUUCUGGGGUCUAUACCUGCAAAGCUCGGAACCCGUUCGGUUCAGUUCAGGCCCACCACCUGCUCACUGUGCUCUCAGCAGAGGUGUUCAGCACUCUGGGGCCCAAGAACCUGACUCGCUGCCUCCCUGAAGAAUGCCAAAACCCCUUUGACAGCCAGGAGGACUGUGGAACGGAGCUGGAGAAAGUCAGCUGGUACUAUGAGUCCAAAUCCAACAACUGCUUUCCCUUCAGACACUGCCAAAGCAGCAAUGACCAGUCACCCAGAAAGGUCUUUGACACGUACGAGAGUUGCAUACGGUGCUGUGGACCAGAGCUGUCCAGGCCCUGUGGACUGCCUGCCCUGCAGGGCCGUUGUAAGGCCUAUGAGCCCCGGUGGGCAUACAUUACCACCACGGGCGAGUGUCAACCCUUCAUCUACGGAGGCUGUGAGGGAAAUGACAACAACUUUGAGUCAAAAGAGCUCUGCGAGGAUAUGUGCCCCUUCCCAAAAAACCACCACUGCAAAGCUUGCAAGCCGAGAGGCAAGAUGGUGACCAGCUUCUGUAGGAGCGACUUUGUGGUCUUGGGCCGCAUGACGGACAUUACGCAAGAGAAAGACUCAGGCCACGCCCUCGUGACUGUGGAGGAGAUCUUUAAGGACGAGAAGAUGGGUUUGCGCUUCUUCGGCCAAGAACCUCUCGAAGUCACUUUCCUCAACAUGGACUGGAACUGCCCAUGCCCAAACAUAACAAGUGCGGCCGCGGAAGGUCAGGUCAUCAUCAUGGGCAACGUCAGCGAAGGAAUGGCUGUCCUCCAGCCUGAGAGCUACGUGGGCGCUUCCAGUCCCCGUCGGGUACGGAAACUGAAAGAGGUAAUCUCCAAGAACACCUGCGACAUCCUCAGAGCAAUCAGCAACAGCCCUCAGUAGGUUUCUCACCGCACAAAGCGUAGACUUGACUAAACUGAAUAAACUGUUGUGAGCUCGACCUCAAUGAGGCGUUGUUUGAAUCUUUUGAUUCGAAAAUUCUUUGCUCAUCUUUUGUCCCCUAGCUGUUCAUCUAGGAUUUUGUAUAUUUUAGUUUCUGUUUUCAAAUCUAAUGGUUUCAGAUCGCUAAUGAUAACCUGAAAACAUUUAAAUGCAGUGUUAAAUUGUUUUAUUUAUUUAUAGAAGAAAAAACUUAAAAAAAAAAAAUCAACCUUGUUUAAGGUGAAAAUUUGUUAACUAUAAAAUUGAACAAAUUUUAAAAUUACAAAAUGUAACAAAUGCUAAACAAUAAAAUUCCUGCAAUUGACCAUAUUUUUUGGAAAGUUGGUUUCAAUCAACAUCUCGGUACAGACCCAUUUGAUGCUUUAGUGGUUUUGUAUUCACCCACGUUUUCUGUCCAAUAUAAAAAUAGAAUUUGUGAUACCAAAAACUGAAAUGAACCAAAAAGAAUAAGCAAAAACAACAGAAAUUUAUUGGGGGCAAAUCCUUUUUCACUGCAUUGUAGCUUGUUACAUUUCAUGACCACCUGCAGAACGGAGAACGGAUAUUUUUUUUUAUUUUUAUGUAAUUUAAAUGGCCUUGUAUGUGUGUAGUCUAUUAGUACCAGCUCUACUUCCAAUCAAGAACUUUGCAUAUACACAUUAUAUCAAACCAAAGUACCUGUUAAACAUAAUAUAAGCUUUGAUUUGUUUGAUUAAAAAUGAUUUGUUAUUACAACUUUGUUUUUUGGGGGGGAGGUUACA